CACACACUGUAAAAGUGGGACAGCGAGGCAAACAGGAGGCGACAAUCUUGCCCUCUAUUCCAGAACACUCUCAGGAGCCAGGACUUAUAAGGAUUAUUGACUUGAGGCUCUACAGUCUUUAGCCACAACCUCCAUCUCAACCUCCAUCAUGAAACUUCUGCUUGUGUGCUAUGUGGCUUUCUCUCUGGCUCAGAUGACCACCAUGGCCUCAACCAACACAACUACCAUCACAAGUGCGGCUACAGCAACAAAAAACAACACAGUCACCAUGAAGCCCACAGAAGCAACAACGACAAACACCAUCCCUGUGACAACCACAACAACAACAACUAUAACAACCACUACAGCUAAACCCACAGUAACAACAACCAAUGUUACCACUAAAGUUAAACCUACAGCAACAAACAAUACUGUGGUCACAUCUACAACAACAACAACAACAACCAUGCCAAUCACCACAGCUAAUCCUAAAUCCAACACCACAAGCUCAACUACAGCAACUACCAUGAUGACCACCAUGGCCUCAACCAACACAACUACCAUCACAAGUGCGGCUACAGCAACAAAAAACAACACAGUCACCAUGAAGCCCACAGAAGCAACAACGACAAACACCAUCCCUGUGACAACCACAACAACAACAACUAUAACAACCACUACAGCUAAACCCACAGUAACAACAGCCAAUGUUACCACUAAAGUUAAACCUACAGCAACAAACAAUACUGUGGUCACAUCUACAACAACAACAACAACAACCAUGCCAAUCACCACAGCUAAUCCUAAAUCCAACACCACAAGCUCAACUACAGCAACUACCAUGGCAAGUACUACAACUGUAGCAACUGCAAGAAACACAACUACCACUGACAAACCCACAAAAACAACAACUAAAACCACCAUCCUAGGUGAACCAAAAACCACCUUGAAGCCCAAAGGAAAGACAACGGCAAAAACCACCCCAGUCACAACCACAACAACAACAACAACUACCACUGUUGAACCCACAGCAUCAAAAAACACCAAAACAACAACAGCCAAAAUUUCAAUCAACUCAGCUGGCACCUUGGGGACCAGUGCCACCUUGCUAAACGUCAUGCUACCCAUAAUUCCUCUUCUGUUAAGUUUUGUGUUCAGUUUGCAGUGGGAUUUGUUGCCAUAGAACGGAGGCUAUUUAGGUCAUGUUCAUGAAAAAGUAAUCCAUCCAUCAUUGCAUUUACUGUUUGUCAAAAUCAACUGCAUGUUAUUAAAACCCCUUCUUUGCCUUUCUAUUUGUUAGCUUAGGUGACUAUGUCUGUCUCAGGCUUUUUGAACAAAGACAUUGAUAAAAGUAAGGCAGUUAAAGUAGUUAAUGGUAUUACCCAGGGAUGAACAUUAUGCUUUCAGUUAUUUAUUUCCUGUUAAAAUGUUGAAUGUAAGGAACAGAUGUGCAUAAAGAAAUUAUCAAAAGGAAUAGGAAGCCCAGUUUUCGUAUUUCUCACUGGUGGGGACUAUGGGGAAAUACAUCAAUUUGUGACGUAGCUUGUCUUCAAGAGAUGAAAUUAAAUUAAGACAAUAAAUAAAGCAUAUAAAAAUGUGUUCUUGGCCUAGAUGAGUCUUGUUCGUUAUGAUUCUCACCAGGGUCUUCACAUCUAUUCACAAACCCACAGAUAGCAUCCAUAUCAAAUGUAAAUUAAAUUUCGCAUCAGAAUGAUCACCGCUAUUAAAGAAAAACAUGACCAGACUGAAUGGUCAAGUACUGAACGAUACCUUGGAAACACCAGCGUCAGAUACUUCGCUACCAAAUGGCACACAAUUUAUGCCAAACAUUUAAUGAGUAUGAAAACCCACUAAAGAAAGGGUCGGCUUUUUCUUUCCUCUUAGUAACAUGCUUUUCCAAGCAUUUUUUUCUGGAAUU